GUGAAUGCUGCAUCCAAGGGACAUCUUCCCGUCGUAUUGUACCUCUUGACAAAGCAGUCGGCAGACCCGUUUGUUCGAAACAACUGGGGCGAAACUGCCUACGACGUGGCGGCAGCGGUGUUCGAAGUAUGGAUAUGUGAGGUUUUGCAGAAGACGGAAGCAGAGCACUGGCAUAUUAACGAUGUGCCAUAUAAUCCUCUGGCAGUUCAUACGACUGUGCCACUGGUGCUCUAUGAGAAUCAACGUCUGGAUGUCCGUUUGAAAACCCUCGCUGUCUCUGGUGGGCGACCCAAGUUCUCUGCAUCAGGUCUCGGUCGACACGGUCGCCGCGCCCCGUUUGAAUUGCGCUUGCCCGUGCCGGAAGCCAACACCGGCAGGAAAGAGAUUCCCGCUUUGCGCAGCGAUGUGCAGUUGCCACUGCGAGAAGAUCCGUGGACGUUACCAAAAUCCGGUUCUGCAAGAGAGGGCGCUGAGAGAAGCCACUUCUGGCUAUCGGACUGGACUCUUGACGUGACACAUCCCGGUGUGGAUGCGGAAGACGGGUGGCAGUAUGCUCACAGCUUCGACGACCCGGAUGAUGCAUGGACAGCGGAACUGCCGCUUCAGCUCGAGAGGCUGCUCAGCGGCAGCGGCGCCGUCACCGCUGGUCUUGGUGGAAGCCGAUCCCGAAGCAGCAGUCGAGGACGGUCAAGUUCCAGCUCGCGGCACGACUCGUCACACUCGCAGUCUUGGGUCCGCCGACGUCGCUGGGUCCGCGUUAUGCGUCGGAGACUCGACAUUCCGCCGCUUCCCUUCUUGCAGCCGGACGGCGCCAUGUAUAAUCUAACUGCGGAUGGGUCUCUGAUACCAUAUGUUGAACAAGAUGAGGAUGUCAGCGACAGCGAUGGACAAGAGCUGGGCGCCAUGUCGAGUACAGGAUUGUCGUCGGCGCAAGACUACGUCGCGCGCGCAAGGUAUCUGGCGGGCACUCAGGAUGGCGACGCGGAAUCAAGUAAUGGCGCGCAAUCUGCUUUAGAAGCUCGGCGUGCUAUAGCCAAGCUGGAACGUGCCACUACAGAAUUGAGCCAAGGCAUACUAAAUGAUCAGGACUCGGAACGUAAGACUCAGGCUGAGGUGCUUCUUAACACAUACGGCCGCGAGCUGAAUCGACGCCGUCUCUCUGCUGGCGCUCAAGGGCUGUUUUUCUCUGGGGAUGACGGAAAUGAAAUUGAUUCCGAUGAUUCUGAUGACGAGUUUCACUAUCCUGGCUCAGGAUCCACGAGUACCCCCCGGCCAUCAUCAGUGAGGUCUUCGGGGACAGAUUACUUCAGUAGCCGGCCGAGCGGAACGCGAGGGCCAGCCGAUCUCACUCCUCAUCUCUCACAAGCUCCUGAGUUUCGAGUGCCUACGCAUGAAGCUCCGCAGAAAGUACUAUUGACUCGCUGGACUCCGCCCACUCCUCAUCAGGUCCAUGCGCAGUGGGAGAGAGAUGAGGUGGUCAGCGAGUGUAGAGAAUGUCGGCGCCGCUUCAACUUCCUAAAUCGUCGACACUGUCGCCGAUGUGGACGAAUAUUCUGUGACCGCUGUUCUUCCUGGAGAGCCCUUCUUGACCCAUCGGACGUCGUACAUGAUCCGUCGUUUCCGGAAACGGACAACGUGCCCACCCUGCAGCGAGUCUGCCGACCAUGCUACGAAGAGGCGACGGCCGGCGUGCCCAGCGGUCUUAGCUCAGCGCGGACGACAUCAAUGGAGCGCAUCGUCGUGGAUCAGAGAAGGCUAACUGUCCCCAGCCCAUCGAGUGCAGAGUCGAGCUCGCAGCUAAGCGACUUGGCCGAAUGUCCCGUUUGCAAUACCAACUUGGCGGAUCUUGGUCCCGCCUCAGAGCAGGAAGCGCACGUCAGGAAUUGCCUCGAAGGCGGAAGUGGCACGACUCCACAGACAGCGAAAUACCUUGUCUACAAGUUACCAGCGGAGAGCGCCUUGAUCGGUCUUGAAUGUGCAAUCUGUCUGGAGGAGUUUGUCAAAGGCUCUACCGUUGCUCGUCUCAGCUGUCUAUGCAGCUUCCAUAAUGCUUGCUUAUCUUCGUGGCUACAACGAGGAAGAAGUUGCCCAGUCCAUGCCCGCUGA